ACGUUCAUAUGGAAUUGUAAGGAAUUUCAAUCUCCGGAGAGGGGUCCUUCUGACACGGGAAUCAAACAAGGGUUACACACAGUCGUCAUUGCUCAAAAUGACGUCGAUGUAUAAUUUCAAGCGAAUUACAUGUGUUCCCAAUGCACAGGAACUGAAAGAUGUGGUUCUCUCAAAAACGCAACGCAAAACACCAACCGUCGUGCAUCGCCAAUAUUCGAUUGGAAGAAUCCGUGCUUUUUACGCAAGAAAAAUCAAGUUCCUACAGCAAACUCUGCAUGACAAGCUCACGCAAAUCAUCACAGAGUUCCCGAAAAUGGAGGAAAUUCAUCCAUUCUACUCGGAUCUUAUGAACAUUCUCUACGACCGUGAUCACUACAAAAUCGCUCUUGGACAAAUGAACACAGCUCGUCAUUUGAUUGACGGAAUCGCCCGUGAAUACGUUCGUUUGAUGAAGUACGCCGACUCGCUUUAUCGUUGCAAAAUGCUCAAAAGAGCCGCACUUGGACGUAUGGUCAAGCUGCUAAAGCGACAAAAGUCCAGCUUUGAAUACCUCGAGCAGGUCCGUCAGCAUUUGUCUCGCCUUCCAAGUAUCGAUCCAGCUACUCGUACUCUCAUUCUUUGCGGAUUCCCAAAUGUCGGAAAGUCUUCAUUCAUCAACAAUGUGACACGUGCUGAUGUUGAAGUUCAGCCAUAUGCUUUCACUACAAAGGCUCUUUAUGUUGGACAUCUUGACUAUCGUUUCCUCAGAUGGCAGGUUAUCGAUACCCCCGGAAUCUUGGAUCAGCCACUUGAGGACCGUAACACCAUUGAAAUGCAAGCAGUUACCGCAUUGGCUCAUCUGAAAGCAUCAGUGCUCUUCAUGAUGGAUGUUUCAGAACAAUGUGAUCGUAGUAUUGAGGAACAACUUCAUCUCUUCGAAUCGAUCCGUCCAUUGUUCGCCAAUAAACCAGUUCUUAUUGGUUUGAACAAGGUUGACAUCAGACAUCGAUCUGAUUUGCCACCAGAGAAAGCUGCAUUGUUGGAUCAACUGGAGAAGGAAGGAAUUCCAAUUAUUGAGACAUCUACACUUACACAAGAAGGAGUUAUGGGACUCAGAGAUCGUGCUUGCGAUGAACUUUUGGCCCAGCGUGUUGAAGCUAAAAUUCAAGCCAAGAAGAUCACAAAUGUCGAGGAUUGUGUGCUGAAUCGCGUAUUCGUCGCCUACCCGGCUCCACGUGACGAGAAAGUUCGUGCUCCAUUUGUUCCACCAGGUUUGGCCGCAAAAAGAGCUCAGAAGAAAUUGCAAGAAGCUCAAGAGCUCAUGGAGACUGAUGGAGAUGAGUUCGCAGCAAAAAUUCCACAAAAACCAGGCAAAAUUGGAAAGGAAAAGAUUGCAAAGGGUGGAUCCCAAUCCACCGAUCUUGGAGAUCUUCGUGAUGAGAACACCCGUCGUUUGGAGAGAGAAAUUGAGUUGGAAAUGCAAGAUGAUUAUAUUCUGGAUCUUAAGAAACAUUAUAUGCUGAAGAAUCCUGAUGAGAAGUACGAUAUUGUUCCCGAAAUCUGGGAAGGACACAAUCUUGCUGACUUUGUUGACCCGGAAAUCCAGUCAAAGCUUGAGAAUCUGCUUCGCGAAGAGGAGCUCUUGGAGCAAGCCGGAGAGUAUGAAUCAGAUUUGGAUAGUGAUGAUGAGGAGACCAAGGAGAAGUUGAAGCUUGCAUUGCAAAUCCGAGAAAAAGAAAAACUGUUGACUUUGGAUCAUGCCGUUAACAAGAGAAUUGCCGGAAGAAUUGGUUCACGUAUUCAUGGUUCAAGAAAGAGAGAUCGAUCAAUGUCUAGAUUAGAGAAUGAGCUCGGAGAGUUAGGUGUAGAUGUUGACACGAAGAAAAUGAAGAACUUGCAAGGACAAUGUGCCAAACCACAACUUGGAAAGAAGAUGAAAGUGGGUCGCUCGCGCAGUCUCAGCGCCGUCCGUCCGGCUCCACGUGAUGAGUUGGCAUUCCCAGACGAGGAAAAACGUGCACAUGUCGACAAGUUGCGUACGAAAGCAAUGCGUGGAUUGCGCCGAGAAGCCAAGAAGGGAGAAGCCGAUCGUCACGUAUACGACCUCAAGCCAAAGCAUUUGUUCUGUGGAAAACGUGGAAACGGAAAAACCGAUUGGCGUUAAGAACAUAUAUAUCUUUUGUUCAUUUUUUUUUUGUUAUUUUUGUUUUGUUAUUCUGUUCGUUUUUUUUCGUCUCCCUGCUUUUUAUUCCUUCCAAAAACUGUAUACCCAUCCAUCCAUUUUUACCUUCUUCUCACUGCGUCAAUCGGCUUCUCGCCCACAUGAGUUUCCCGAA